UUCAUUGAGGUUGUGCGCCAUAUUGGCAAUCUUCUCCAUCUCACCAAGCUAACGUAGAGCAUGCAUCAAACCGGUUGUCGAGAAGAACAAUAUAAACAUUUUACAGCUUACAACGAGAUUGAAAUACAACACCAUGGAGGCUGUCAAAGCAUUCAACGGCGAGCUCUUCUCGUUGAACGAGUACAAGCCUCCAAUCUCCAAGGCGAAAAUGACCAAUAUUACCAAGUCUGCAAUAAAAGCUAUAAAAUACUACAAACAUGUUGUCCAGGGCGUGGAAAAAUUUGUUCAGAAAUGCAAGCCAGAGUAUAAGGUCCCAGGCCUGUAUGUCAUGGACUCCAUCGUGCGGCAGUCACGGCACCAGUUUGGCCAGGACAAGGAUGUGUUUGCCCCGCGCUUCAGCAAAAACAUCAUCGGAACCUUCCAACAUCUCUACCGCUGCCCCUCAGAUGACAAGAGUAAGAUUGUCAGGGUCCUCAACCUCUGGCAGAAGAACGCAGUCUUCAAGAGUGACAUCAUCCAGCCGUUGCUCGACAUGGCUGCAGGACUUCCCCCUCCCAGUGUCACCCCAGUCAUGACCAGCCGCGAUGCUGCAGUCAACACGCCUGGUACACCAGCGACCCCAGCCACCCCAGCCAACAUCGUAUCCAGUCUGCCUGACUGGGCGUCACAGUUCUCCAACACAGACACUGUAGCUGCUGUGGCCCAGAUCCUGCAGAGUCCACACGGCCAACAGCUCCAGCAGCUGGUGCAGAGCCUGCAAAUGCAGCAGCAGAAGCCCCAGCCAUCUCUGCUUCAGGCGUUGGAUGCAGGACUGGUGGUCCAGUUGCAGGCUCUGACGGCCCAGCUCACUGCAGCCGCCACAGCCAACCCCAUGCAGCUCAACCCCCUGGAGCAGAGGAUCUCCUCCUUCAACAAGAAAAUGUUGGGCCAUUUUGACUUUGGGAACGAUUCAGAACGCUCUGAAGACACCAAAAAGGACGCCCAAUCAUCCCAGAUGCCCAUGGUGUCUGACUCCAUCUUCCACCAGCUGGCUGAGCAGCUGCAGCAGCAGAACCUGGAGCACUUCCAGAAGCAGCUCAUGGAGCACCAGCAGAAGUCCAUGAACAUGGAAGGGCAGGAUGGAAUAUUUGGGUCUGAGAACACGGCCAUGCCCCAACAGAGCAGCAGCCAAUCACAGCACCCGGCGCCGCAAAACAAGACGGAUGACUCAAUUGACAACCAGCAGCAGGACAUGGACCUGGAUGACGGGCCAGAGAUGGAGGAAGAACGCUUCGAACCAGAGGACAAGAAGUCCAAGACGGUCGACACGCGGUCAAGAACACGUUCUAGGUCACGAUCAAGAUCUCCCAGGAAGAGACGGUCCAGAUCACGGUCAGGCUCUCGGAAACGGAAACACCGUAAGCGGUCGCGGUCACGCUCCAGAGAGCGGAAGAGGAAGUCGUCGCGGUCCUACUCCAGCGAGAGACAAGAAGCCCGCGAGCGAGAGAAAGAGCGCCAGAAGAAAGGACUGCCUCCCAUCCGAUCCAGGUUUCUCAGUGUGUGCAGCACCACUCUGUGGGUGGGACAGGUAGACAAGAAGGCCAGUCCACAGGACCUCACCAACCUGUUUGAAGAGUUUGGUCAGAUUGAGUCGAUCAAUAUGAUCCCUCCUCGUGGCUGUGCCUACAUCUGUAUGGUCCACAGACAGGAUGCCUACUGCGCCAGACAGAAACUCAGCACUGGUUCAUUCAAGGUCGUCUCCAAGAUUAUCAAGAUUGCGUGGGCGCUGAAUAAGGGAGUGAAGCAGGAGUAUAAGCAGUUCUGGGACAUGGACCUGGGGGUCACCUACAUCCCCUGGGAGAAGGUCAAGUUGGACGACCUGGACGGCUUUGCUGAGGGAGGCAUGAUCGACCAGGAGACUGUCAACGCCGAGUGGGAAGCAGCCAAGAAUGCGCCAGAGCCAAUGAAGGAAGCUGUGAGCCAGGCUGUGAGCGUUGAACCCAUGACGGCCACCAACACCCAACAGACCCAACAAGAGGCUUUCAGCCAACAGGAGGCUUUCAGUCAACAGGAGGCCUUCAGCCAACAGGUCUCCAUGAUGCCUGUACAGCUCCCUGUGGCUCAGGCUGUCCCUGCCGUGGGUCUUGUGCCUCCAUCCUUCCCUGUUUCCAUGGCGAUGCCCCCGCCAGGCUAUGGCCCCCUGCCCCCCUUCCUCAGAGCGGGUUUCAACGCCUCCCAGCCUCCUCCAGGUUUCAUGCAGACAGCAGGUGUUCCUCAGCAAGCAGGCAUGGGCUCAGCUCCUAUAUCUCUGGUGCCGGCCUCCAUGUCGCAGGCUCAGGACAGCAUGAAGGACUCCCCAUACGGAGCUACUAUCCCGGGAAGCUUCAUGCCCUCUGCCCUCCCUGGACAAGGGGUCUUCAACCAGCUUCAACCUGGAGUCCAGACGCAGCAAGCAGCCAAUGACAAGAUGGGCCAAUCUGCUGACGGCAUGGAUGCAGCUGCAGAGUUAGUACUGCAAGGUAUGCAGAAUGCAAUGAGUCGUGGUAUGGGUCUUCUGGGGAUGCACCCCUCAGCUUCCCUUCCCCACCCCCUGCACCAGCAGGGCCUGCCUGGCCAGAGGAUGCCUGGGCUGAUGCCGCUGGACCUCCGGCCUACUAUGCUCCAGGGUGCCGGUGCCCGGUUCCCCCUCCUGAUGCAGCAGGGCCUGUCCCAACAGAGCCUCCUGGAAGCGUCCCUCCAUGCCCAGGCACGCGCCAGAGCGGCCUCCCAGAUGGAACGCUUCAACAGGGCCGAGGAGGCCUUCAACCGGGGGCCCAACCCCCCAAACGAAAGCAUGUCCAAGGCUGAGGAGGAGCCUUCCUCUGGAGCUGACGAUAGCCAGCAGGGAGGGGACCAAGACUACCGCUUCCCUCCGCCCCAGGAGAAGCAGAGCACAGGCCUACUGAGGACCCCUCCCCUGGAGCACAGAGAGUCCAUGGGUGGAGGAGCUGGUGGUGGCGGUUUGGGCGGAGGCAGACCUGCCCUGCUCCAGACCCCAGUGAGAGAGCCAGCUAGAGACAGCGUGGCAGGGCGGCUUCAGGCCCUUGCCGGCUUCACCCCCCAGACCUCGAGUCGCUGGGGGCCACUCAGAGGGGACUUUGAUGAGCGUGACAUGCGGAGCUCUUCGGCCGCGGUCUCCAAGGGCUUCCAGGAAGCGCGCCCUGGCUCUAACCAAGGGCAGAACUUUCCCAACCGCUUUGAGAACCAGAACCGCGCUGGAUCAGUAGGAGGGGCAGGAGGAGGAGUAUGUACUGGUGGUCCUGGUGGUGUUGGAGCGGGCCCGGCGUGGAGUCGUGGUGGAGUUGAUGCUGCAGUACAGUUCACUGAUGCUGACAUGCCCCAGGACUUGGAUGAGUGCCGACGCCCUUGGGACAGGCAGCAACGGGACAGGGACUUUGACUUCAGGAAGGAGAUGAAUGGCAACCGGCGUGAGAGAGACAGCCGUGAGAAGGAGAGGGACCGCGAGAGAGAAAGGGACCGUGGCCGGGAGCGUGGCAACCGUGAACGAGAGCAGGAGCGUGACCGGGAGAGAGAGCGUGAAAAGGAGAGGGAGAAGGAUCGGGAGAGGGAACGUGAGAGGGAACGUAACAAGCGUGGAGCCUGGACACCCCUUCUUCCUCUACCACAACCCCUGCUCCCUACUCCUACCCUGACCCCAACCCUCUCCCUGACCCAAGGCAAACCUCAGGCCCUGCUGCACCUACAGUCCAAGCUUCAACCUAAACCUGGACUCCUAACUAAACCGGGUCUGCUUCAAACUCCAACUCUCCUAACUCGGUCAACAUCUCAUGUCCCAACCAAGUCUCUUCUUCAAGCCCCAUCCCAGUCUCUUCUUCAAGCCCCAUCCCAGUCUCUUCUUCAAGCCCCAUCCCAGUCUCUACUUCAAGCCCCAUCCCAGUCUCUUCUUCAAGCCCCAUCCCAGUCUCUUCUUCAAGCCCCAUCCCAGUCUCCACCUCUAACCUCUCACCAGUCAUCCCAGUCUCCACCUAAAGCUCCACCCCAGUUCACCCAGUUUCCAACUCAAGCCAAGAAUGAAGCUCGCCCCGGUCCUAAGCCCCAGGCAGAGUUCCAUUCCUCUCCCCAGACACAUGUGUCCCCCAAGUCUGAGUCCUCACCCCAGACCCAAUCCUCUCCUCAGAACCAGUCACCACCCCAAAACCAGGCUUCCCUUCAGGCCCAGUUGCUGCACCCUGCCCAUUCCCCUUUCCAGACAAAGUCCCCUCCCCAGGGCCAGUCAUCAUCACGUGCACAGUCCCCACCCCAGGCCUUGUCCCCACAGGCCCCCCGCACCCCAGAGGAGAUCACUGACACCCAGGGGGAGCCAGAGAAGCCCCGGUGGGCCAACGAGUCAGGGAAACCUCAGGAAGAACCUAUGAAAGAACCUGAACCCAUGGUAGAACCUCCAUCUCGGUGGGUCAAUGGAACAGGGUCGAGGAUGGACACUGACGCAGUGGCUGAGCCCACCACUACCCCGUCCCCCAAUCUUGCCCUCUCAAUGUCACUGGUCCUCACACACAGCCCCGUGGAGCCCCAAUGCCUGCCGGAGCCCCUGGACCAGCAGCAUCCCUCGCAGCAUGUCGCCUCUUGCUCCUCCACAAAGGAUGUAGACAAUGGACUGAGUGAGCCGAUGGAGGAAGCUGAGAAACAGCCAGUGGUAGAGAAAACAGACACUGAGGGGACAAUCAUCACUCAGUAGGUAAAGAUCAUUUUGUAAAGUUGUCUCUUCUCUGUACUCAUGUCAGCAACCCAAUGGACCCUGGGUAGUAUUUCACAUAAUAUUGUCUGAUAACCUAACAAUUGAUUUUAUCUCUCACAUAACGUGUACUUCAGUAGAUGGCUCGCUAGCUGAUUAAAUGGUAGGUGAUUUCUUUUGUUUGUUUUCUUUUUUUUCUCAUUUUUAUGCCUCCCCCACGAUUUUAAGCAAGGUGAACUUUUAAUGAAAAUUGCUUGCCAAAAUGUUUGAAUUGUAAAUGAGAAAAAGAGCGUUGACCUUCCUAUGGAAGAGUGUACGGAUCCUGGCUGUUUCCAAUGGAUUGAAUCCAGAUGAGGGAAUACUUGAAAACAGCUGUCGCUGGCCUGUUUUGUCUCUUCUUUUAAAUGAUGCUGCAGCAACGUUUUAAAUGAAUGCCUUUGUGGUGUCCUAUAUGCUUCUUGUCUAUAAGCAGAAUAUAGCCUACGUACAGUGAGACCAGUACAAUUGCUUCUAAAAAGGAACAUCCUAAAAGAUUAAAAACAUGACCUGUUAUCCCUAAAAUAAAUGUCUGUGAUUUGUGCAUCAUAAUGCAGUGAAUUCAAAGGACAAAGUAAAAAACGUAACAAAAUAAGAGGGUGGAUGUUGGGUGCAUUCUGUUUUAGUUUGAAAUAAACAUGCUUUGUUUGUUAACAUGCUUUAGGAGUGUAUUUUCUGACCCAGGACCAGUGGAGUCAUGUUUUACACAGACGCUAUAUGCAUUUUGCGGUGGUGUGACAUACAAACAGCUGUGUCACUGCAGUAGUUAAGCCAUUGACUUGAUGUUGUCGUACCCCAUUAAGUCAGGCAGGAUGUCAGGCACGUGCCAGUGCUUUGACAUCAAUCUAUUCUAUCUACACCGCUCUUUAGUUUGUUGUUUGCGACCAUGGAUUCAUUUGUUUAUGACUUAGUUUCUGCUCACUCUGUACUUUCCUAUGCUUUUGUUGGGUGGGUGACUAUUCGGGAUCGGAUUGUGCCUUUUUGAAUUGAUUAUUGUUCAGCAUGAUGCCUCCAAAUACACCACACGUGCUCAAAGUGCUGCUUUGAUUUUCCUGAGACUGUACAGCCCCUCAGGGAGACGGCAGUCUGUCCAUCAAGCUGGUAACACAGACAAUUAUCUCCCUUGUCUGUCUGUGUGAUCAAAUCUGGCCAGUCUAUACAGCGCUUAGCCUGUGUGUAGGGGGAACCAACCAGUCUGUUUACUCCAUAGCUGUGUGCAUGCAGGCCUGUAGCCAUUUAUUCUCCUUUGUCUUGUUCUCCAUACUAUUCAGUGCAUUUCUGUUGAGACACUAUACUACCAGGAACGUUUCAGUAGUCUGAAUUUCUCAGACAAGCAAAUGUUAUAACAGAGUUGUGAAGUUGAAUAAAGUGUAAGGUACAUCAGCA